GAGGAAAAUGCUAUGGGUUCAAAUACGACACAAGAUAGCGAUGUAGAUGAUUACAUGUCUGAUACGUUUACAGCUGUGGAUUUACGACCAGGAAUUUUCCUUCCGUGUUUCCAUUCAAACUUUCUUCCAGGAAUUGCAAAAACACGUAGUCAAAAGCGCAGUUUAGAAAUGGAAGCAAAGCAAGCGAAGAACAUCGAGUAUUUACAAAAAAUACCAAAGCGUUCGGAAAUAGAAAAAAAAAUGAGAGAUGAUGCACUAGCGCAACCUGUUAGUGAAAAUUCGAAAGGAUUUCUUUUGCUGACCAAGAUGGGUUACAAGCCUGGAAUGAGUUUAGGCGUGGAAAAAGAUAAUCGUAGUCAAGGAAUCAAAGUACCGUUAGGCCUUGAACUCAAACUCAAUCGAACCGGACUGGGGCACGAUGCCGAGGAAGAUAGGAAGCGAAAUCAACGUAUGGAUCGGUAUCAGAAUGCUGUAUUACAAAGAGCGAAAGCUAAUACUGCUCUUAUUAAUGACUUUUCGGUGCGAAAGCGGAGGAUGGCAUAUUUAAAACAAUUGCAAAAAGAUUUAUGUUCAAGCCGUAAAGCAUGUCAAGAAUUAGAUGCGAGAAAAGGCUUAGAACUGCCAACUAACUCUCAUUUUUGGCCUAUAUAUGAAGUAAAGAAGGAAGAAAUUCUUUCACUGGUAGCGAAAAAAGAAACAGAAGAAACUGAAGAUAUUAAAGAAAAAGUAUUCACGUAUUUCAAUGGAAAAAUGGCACCUACAGAUUAUGCAUUUGAAGAGCUGCUAGAUGAAGAUGUAGUUGUACAAUGGUUGAAUGAGAUUACGAUUUACCUUCGCACUUCCUACUUCUAUUGCAUUUGGUGUGGAACACAAUAUGAUUCAGAAAAUGAACUGCUGAAUAAUUGUCCUGGAAACUCGAGGAAAGAUCAUGAAGGCUCUGAUGAAGAUAAUUAA